AUGAAUCCAUUCCUGUUCCUAUUUCCGUUCCUGUUUUUGGCUCACGAAUCGGUUUCUCAACAAACGUAUUCCGGAAACCACAUUCUGGAAUGUAACAAUUCCAACACAACAGAACUAACCUCGGAAUUCCUCUACACUUGCAACGGAAUCCAAUCGUGUUCCAGCUUCUUAAUCUUCAGAACUCAACCUCUUUACAACAAAGUUUUCACCAUUUCCAAGCUAAUGUCAACCGACCCCACAAAUGUCGCCCGAAUCAACGGAAUCACUGAUUCCGCUGAAAACUUGCCGCUAAAUAAAGAGCUAAUCAUUCCGGUUACAUGUUCUUGUUCUGGUAAGUACUAUCGAGCUAACACAUCUUUUGUUAUUCCGAUUAACACCAACUAUUUCACUAUCGCAAAUUUCACAUUCCAAGGUUUAACCACAUGCGAUUCCCUCCAAAAAAACAAUAUUUAUAAAGAAAAUGAUUUACAAGUUGGUGGCAAGAUUCGUGUCCCACUUAGAUGUGCGUGUCCUACCGUUAAUCAAACCAUGUCGGGAAUCAGGUUUCUGUUGACUUACUUGAUUACUUGGGAAGAUUCAAUCAAGAAAAUUAGUAAACGGUUUGAUGUGAAAUUUCAAGAUUUAGUUUUGGAAAACGGGUUUUCUUCUGUUAAAGAUUUGAUUUUUCCGUUUACUACCCUUCUUGUUCCACUCUCUACUGAACCUUUAAGUUCUCAAACAAGAACACCCAACCGGAAUCGGAAUCAGAAUCAGAAUCGGAAUCCGAAGUUGUCAAAGAAAGGAAUCAUAAUAGGGACAAUAUCAGGUGGUUUCUUGGCGAUUCUUAGUGGUGUUUUUGUGAUAUGUUUAGUAUCGAAAAGGAAAAGAGCGAAUAAGGGUAAAAUCGUAAAAUGGGAGUUGCCUAAAGAUAUCCAACUUGGUAUUGCUAGUGUUGAUCAAGUUCUCAAAAUCUACAAAUUUGAAGAAUUAGACGAGGCGACGGACGGAUUUACCCUCGAAAAGAGAUUAAGUGCUUCGGUUUAUAAAGGAAGUAUAAAGGGUAGAAAAGUCGCGAUCAAACAAACGGGGACACACGCGAAUAAAGAGGUGAAAAUUCUCCAAAAAAUUAAUCAUUUCAAUCUUAUUGGUCUUUAUGGAGUUUGUGAACACGAUAAAUCUUGUUAUCUUGUUUACGAAUUCAUGGAAAACGGUUCUUUAAAUGAAUGGCUUCAAGAUUUGAGAUGUCAAGAAAGUCAAACAUGGAAUAAUCGUCUUCGUAUUGCUUUAGAUGUUGCUAAAGGUCUUCAAUAUCUACAUAAUUUCGUGAAUCCAACAUACGUUCAUAAAGAUAUAAACACUAGCAAUAUUCUAUUAACUAAGGAUCUACGAGCCAAGAUUUCAAAAUUUGGUCUUGCAAAAUCAAUAGAGAAGGGCAAAAACGUAAAUUCAUCCGUAAAAUGUCGGUUUGAGUCGAAGGGGUACCUCGCACCGGAGUAUUUAGAGGCAGGAUUUGUGACAACGAAGACCGAUGUGUAUGCAUUUGGAGUUGUUUUGUUGGAACUGAUAACGGGAAAAAAAGCAGUGUAUGAGAAUGAUGAUGAUGGGGGACAAGUGAUGUUGUGUGAAGAAGUUAUUUCGAUUAUGGGUGAUGGAAAUAAUGCAAAAAGUACGGUUAAUUACAUUAUUGACCCUCGGUUGAAAGCUAGACAUUCCCUCGGGUUUGUUAUAGAUCAAGAUGAACUUGCACUGCGUUUGGUGAAACUGAGUAUUGGUUGUUUGGAAAGUGAACCAUCGAAAAGAUUAAGUAUGAAUGAGAUUGUUUCUACUCUUAUGAUCAUUCAUAUGGAUGCACAAAGCUCGGAUACCUUGUUUUUGGUGUAG